AUGGGCAAGAAGGGCAAGAAGGAGAAGAAGGGCCGCGGGGCGGAGAAGACGGCCGCCAAGAUGGAGAAGAAGGUGUCCAAGCGCUCGCGGAAGGAGGAGGAAGACCUGGAAGCUCUCCUCGCGCACUUCCAGGCACUGGACGCCACCAAGACUCAGGUCGUGGAGACACCGUGCCCCCCGCCUUCUCCAAGGUUGCACGCCUCCUUGUCUGCGCAUCCUGACAAAGAUGAAUUAAUCCUUUUCGGAGGUGAAUAUUUCAAUGGCCAAAAAACAUCUGUGUAUAAUGAACUCUACACCUACAGUAUCAGGAAGGACGCCUGGACCAAAGUGGAGAUCCCCAACCCGCCCCCGAGGCGCUGUGCUCACCAGGCUGUGGUGGUGCCCCAAGGUGGGGGUCAGCUGUGGAUCUUCGGAGGGGAGUUUGCCUCUCCCGACGGAGAGCAGUUCUACCACUACAAGGAUCUCUGGGUCCUGCAUUUGGCCACCAAGACUUGGGAGCAAGUAAGGGCAACAGGAGGCCCUUCAGGUCGGAGUGGACAUCGGAUGGUAGCCUGGAAGAGACAGUUAAUACUUUUCGGUGGCUUCCAUGAGACUACGAGAGAUUACAUCUACUACAAUGACGUGUAUGCCUUUGACCUGGACACGUUCACGUGGAGUAGACUGUGCCCUUCGGGCACUGGGCCCACCCCCAGAUCGGGCUGCCAGAUGUCUGUCACUCCCCAGGGCAGCAUUGUCAUCUACGGGGGCUACUCGAAGCAGAGAGUCAAGAAGGACGUGGACAGAGGCACGCAGCAUUCCGACAUGUUCCUGCUGCAGCCUGUGGAUGGAAGGGAAGGCAAGUGGGGAUGGACGCGUAUUAACCCUGCGGGAGCCAAGCCCACCCCGAGGUCUGGCUUUUCUGUGGCUGUGACCCCGAAUCAUCAGACGCUGCUGUUUGGGGGCGUGUGUGACGAGGAAGAGGAGGAGAGCCUGGAGGGGGACUUCCUCAAUGACCUGCACUUCUAUGACGCCACCAGGAACCGCUGGUUUGCGGGGCAGCUGAAGGGACCUAAGUCAGAGAAGAGGAAACGGAGGAGGGGCAGAAAAGCAGAGCCUGAAGGUGCCGACAAGCAGGAGCGCGGGGGGGCCGGUGCCCAGGAGCCCCUGGAGGUGGUCAGAGAGGUGGUCGCAGAGGACGGGACCGUGGUCACCAUUAAACAGGUUCUUGCCGCCCCAGUCCCGGCGGGACAGCCACAGUCCGAGGAGGAGGACAGCCCCGACGAAGCCGGUGGCCCCGUGGUGGAGCCCAGUCCCCGCUCCAACGCCAUGCUGGCCGUGAAGCACGGGCGGCUCUACCUGUACGGGGGCAUGUUUGAGGCAGGUGACCGCCAGGUCACCCUUAGUGACCUGUACUGCCUGGAUCUCCACAAGAUGCAGGAGUGGACGGCCUUGGUGGAGGCCGACCCAGCUUCUCAGACCCACCCUGGGACUGAUGCCCCCGUGUGCUCUGUGCCAGGACCUACGGCCCCAGUCCCUCAGGGCCUGAUCACCUGGCCGAGUGCCACGUACCUGCCCCACGGGGACACUUCUGGGACCCCGCCGCGAGGCAGGGUCCGUGUCCACCGCCGGCCCCUGGAGGAGCUACACCACUGGCAUGGCUCGGCCCCCAUCCUGGUGGCCAUGGUGAUCUUGCUCAACAUCGGAGUCGCCAUCUUGUUUAUUAACUUUUUCAUCUGA